AUGGUUUGGUGGGAGGCAGUGUUAUCUCCAGCUCUGCAGGUUCUUUUUGACAAAUUAGCUUCAGGGGAUAUCUUAAACAUACUUAAAGUAUGGAAUGUUAAUGAACUGUUACUUGACAAACUUAAGAUUUCUUAUUUCAUCAAUACAGCUGUUCUUGAUGAUGCAGAAGAGAAACAGUACCUCAAUCCAGCGGUUGAGACUUGGAUUGAUAUGCUCAGAGAUGCUGUCUUUGAAGCUGAGGAUACUCUUGAUGAGCUAGCUACUGAAGCCUUGAGAUGCAAACUAGAGACAGAUUAUCAGAAAUUUUCUCAGCAGGUGCGUAAUAGUUGGAACUUUAUCAGUAUGAAAUCAAGAAUAGAAGAGCUUAUAACUAGACUAGAAUAUAUUGCAAAACAAAAAGAUGUUCUUGGUUUAGAAAGUAACAAAAAGAAUUGUUAUGGAAAGAUGUACAGGGGUACUCCAAGUACUCCUUUGUUACUUGGAUCACAUGUUUAUGGAAGGUAUACUGAAAAAGAGGAACUAAUCGAGUUAUUGGUUUCGGAUUGUGAUGAUACAAAUAGAGUUGCUCCAUUUUGUGUUAUUCCUCUUAUUGGUAUGGGAGGGAUUGGGAAGACAACUCUUGCUCAGAUUGUCUAUAAUGACAAGAGAAUUUGUGAGGAGUUUGACGUAAAAGCGUGGGCUUGGGUGUCUGAUGAUUUCAGUGUAACAAGUAUAACCAAGUCACUGCUUGAAUCUGCUACUGCAAAACCCUUCGACACGAAUAGUUUGGAAAUUAUUCAGAAUGGUCUGAAGAAUCUGUUCAGCAAAAAGAGAUUUUUGAUUGUUUUGGAUGAUGUAUGGAGUGAGAGCAGUGAUGACUGGAAUGAGCUUUUAAUUCCUUUCUUCGAGGGAGAUAAAAGAAGUAAAAUAAUCGUGACAACACGAAAUGAAGGAGUUACAUCAAUCACUGGAAUGCUUGCACCUUACCGAUUGCAGGAAAUGUCACAUGAUGAUUGUUGGUCUUUGUUCUUGCAUCAUGCUUUUGGUGUUCGAGGCAUGGAGAUGAAUCCGAGACUGAAAGAAAUUGGAGAAGAGAUCGUGAAGAGGUGUAAAGGCUUGCCUUUAGCUAUCAAGACUCUAGGAGGUAUGUUGUCUUCGAAAUUGGACAUUACUUAUUGGACUGAAGUCUUGAAUAGCAAUUUAUGGGAUUUGCCUUCCAAGAAAUAUUCUGUUCUACCAUCUUUAAGAUUGAGCUACCAUCAUCUUCCGCCAAAUUUAAGGAGAUGCUUUGCAUACUGUUCAAUAUUCCCGAAAGGGUAUGAGUUCAACAAGAAAGAGCUAAUCUUGCUGUGGAUGGCAGAAGGGUUCGUGCAGCCAAUGGCGCAGAUAACUAUGGAGGAAGUGGGAAAUGGAAAUUUUACUGAACUGCAAUCUAGGUGUUUUUUCCAAGAAUCCUCGCAAAAUAGAUCUCUCUUUGUGAUGCAUGAUCUAGUACAUGAUUUGGCACUUAGUGUUUCCAGGAAAACAUGUAUUCAGCUGGAGGAAAAUUGGAAAUGCAGAUUUUAUGAGAAUUGCGAGAAGGCUCGCUAUUUCUCAUGCAUUCGUAGUAAAUACGAUGUCUUCAGAAAAUUUGAAAUGCUUAGUGAAAUGAAGCGUUUACGCACAUUCUUACCUUUAGCAUCAUCAGAAGGAGCUGAAUUUUGCUAUUUAACAAAGAAGGUACUGUCUGAUAUUUUGCCUAAGCUAAGCUGCCUUCGGGUGUUAUCUCUGAGCUGUUAUUGUGUCACUGAGAUUCCGGAAUCCAUUGGAUUCUUGAAACAUCUUCGCUUCCUCAAUUUUUCCUACACAGAAAUUAAAUACCUUCCUCAGUCAAUCAGUGAUCUUUACAAUCUACAAACGUUGCUACUACGCAACUGUUAUUAUCUCAUUGAGUUGCCUGCUGACAUGGGGAAACUGCUCAAUCUUCGCUACCUUGAUGUUAGCGGAAGUGGUUUACAAAAGAUCUCGCUUGGUCUGGACAAAUUGGUGUGCCUCAGGACAUUACCAGAGUUUGUUGUGGGUAGUAAUGUUUCUAGUAAUAGGACAUUACCAGAGUUCACAGUAGAUACUAAUACCGGUGGUACAUUCGAUCAAAAAAGUAAAGGUUCUGGUAUAGGUGCAUUGGGUAACUUGUUGCACCUUGAGGGUUCACUUUCAAUACUGAAUUUGGAAAAUGUGGAUAACAUUUGGGAUGCGCACGGAGCUAGUUUGAUCACUAAGAAGCACCUUCGCGAGUUAUUGCUUCAAUGGAGUGAUAGUUUUGAGGACUCAGAGAAGGCUAGAAUGGAAACUGAUGUUCUUGAGCUGUUAAGACCCCAUCAAAAUAUAGAGAAGGUUACCAUCAAGGGAUACAGUGGUACAAAACUCCCUACUUGGACUGCGAAUCCUUCAUUCCACAAGCUGGUUUCUUUGAGUUUAAUCAAUUGCAAAGGCUGUCGAUUCCUACCAUCACUUGGCCAGCUUCCUUCACUCAAAAAUCUCAUGGUUAAAGGAUUAAGUGAGAUAAAAAGCAUCGGUGAUGAGUUUUUCGGCUAUACUUCAACCAUAUUGACCCCUUUUGCAUCUUUACAGACUCUAUCCUUUACGGAUAUGUUGGAAUGGGAAGAUUGGUUACUUGGUUAUGAUGGAGAUAGAAAAGCAUUCUGUAAUCUCUUGGAGCUUCAUUUGGAGGAGUGUCCUAAACUGCGGGGAGAAUUACCUGACGUCCUUCCUUGCCUAGUAAAGCUUGUGAUUUGUGAGUGUAAGCAGUUGGAUUCUUAUCUUCCGCGACUUCCACAGCUAAAUGAGUUGGAACUAAGGAGUUGUCAUGUUAGGUUGAUUAGCAGCCCGCGUGAGGUGACAAAACUCACUUCAUUACAACUGUCUAAUCUUUCAAAUGAAUAUCUACCUGAAUGUUUCCUAGUAUCUCUUCGGCAUCUGGUAAUUAGGCAUUGUGACUUACUGGUGUCCCUUUUCGAGGAAGGGCAGAAUCUGCCUCGCAGGUUGGAGUAUGUAGAACUGGAGAAUUGUCAUAAUCUGCAGAAGUUACCGUCGUUACUUCAUACUUUAAUGUCCCUUGAAGUAGUUAUAAUCACAAAUUGUCCAAGGCUGGAAUCUUUUGCAGGGAAGAUAUUUCCUUCUAACUUAAAAGCCCUUGCCAUUCAAGGAUGCAGUGUGGAGUCUUUACCUGAAGCUAUGAUGAACAGUAUCUCAUCUCUCGAGUAUUUCUCCAUCCACGGGUGUUUAAUGCUAGCUUCUUUUCCAAGAGGUAGUGAGUUGCUUCCAACCACAUUUCAGCAGCUGAAAAUCGAGAAAUGCCCGAAUCUGGAGUUUCUGCCUGAAGGGAUGAUGCACAUCAGCAAUACCUCUCUCCAAGUAUUGGAGAUUUUCGAUUGUUCUUCUAUAUCAUCGUUCCCGGUAGGCCAACUGCCAGACACUUUGAAAACACUCACAGUUUGGAACUGCUUCAAUCUCGAGGCAUUACCUGAUAUCAGAACCUCAACAAUGCUUCUUGAAUCUUUACGAGUUGGGAAUUGUACAAGUCUGAAGCACUUACCUCAUGGCUUGAACAAGCUGUUGAAUCUUAGUUAUUUUGAAGUUGAUGGUUGCCAUGGUAUCGAAUGCUUUCCUCUAGAAGGCCUUCCACAAAACCUUACAAAAGUACUAAUCCUCGACUGUGAGAAUCUGACGUUCCUUCCAAAGUGGAUGCAGAAUCUUACAUCUCUUCAAGAACUUCAGCUCUCGAAUUGUCCACUAAUCACAUCUUUCACGGAGGGCAGUUUUCCCACUAGCCUUGUGUCUUUGGAUGUCAAAGAUUGUAAGAAUCUUAUGCCAAUGUCUGAAUGGGGAUUGCACAGGCUUGCCUCUCUUAGAAGGCUGACAAUUCAUGGGAUCAGUUCAAAUCUUUCUUAUUUUCCUCAAUGGUUGCUUCCAUCAACUCUAGAAACACUCAAUAUAGUUCAGUUAUCCAAUCUUGAAUCUCUUUCUCCCUGGCUGCAAAAUCUCACUUCACUCGAAAAUCUCAAGGUCAAAGAUUGUCGAAAGCUUCUUUCGUUACCAAAGGAAGACAUGCCACCAAUGCUUUCCUAUCUUGAGAUAAGUGAAUGUCCCUUGAGUGAACAAAAGUGUGACUUGUCCAAGAUUGAUCAUAUCCCUUGCACUGUGAUGUAG